GGUCAAUUCAACAGCCAUGUCUUGAUGUCACCACGUUGUUCUCAGCCCAGGUAGGCCAUUCCUCGCUUUGACAGAGAAAUACCAAGAAACCUCCUUCAAAGAUCCUCCUAGUCGCGUCUGUGUUCGUCCUGAGCUGAAAGUGAGGUGGAUUGCCUUCCCAGACUGGUGAUUGGAGACCUAUCAUCCCUGGGCCGAUCAACCCCACUGCUGGCCUGGGAAGAGGCCAUUGCAGACAACAACGUCUUCGAGCAUGGUGCUUGGAGAUCAGUCAUUAGCCAUGAGUGACAGUACUCCGGCCGAACGGCCGCCAAAGGCAUUUUCUUGUAUUCGAUGCUUCGAGCGCAAGGUAAAAUGCGACAAGCAGAGUCCCUGUUCGAACUGUUCCAAAUCACAGGUCGAAUGCAUCUUCCGCGUUCCACCAGCACCUCGUCGUCGAAAGAAACGGUUACAGGAAGAUGUCUUACUAGAGCGUUUGAGGAAGUGCGAAUUACUCCUCAAAGCCAAGGGUCUCAACCUGGACGACGGUCCCGGUGACCUCAAUUCCCCCAGCCAUUCAUCGCCCGUGGACCCAGCGUCGACUGGGGAGCCGGAUUUUGGUGGCCUCAAGUAUAACCGACCUGGUCUGUUCCCGGAUCUCCCAGCGAACAAGGGCGGACAACUUCUGAUGGAUGGUUCUAAAUCCCGCUUUAUCGAAAACAAUCUUUGGGCCAGUGUGUCGGGAGAAUUCCAAACAAACGAGGCCCUCACGGAAGAGUACUCCGAUGAAGGUGAUUACGGCUCACCUGAUGGGGAAGGCACCGAAUUUAUGUUGGGUUAUACGCCAAGCUCCAACACCGUAUCACAACUCCAUCCGCCACCAGAUCAUAUCAUGCUUUUAUGGCAGUCCUAUUUGGACAGUUUUAAUCCUUUGACGAAGCUUGUUCACCAACCCACACUGGAACAGAGUAUCAUAGGAGCUUUUCAAGAUUUGGAAAACGUGCCACGGAGUCUUGAGGCACUUAUGUUUUCAGUAUAUAGUGCUGCCGUCUAUGCAAUGGAGGAUGACGAAUGCAUCAUGAAAUUUGGCGAGGAGCGUAAAGUCUUGCUCUCGAGGUAUCGGUAUGGCACCAGGAAAGCACUUUCUAGAGCAAAGUUUAUGGCGACCUCGGAUCUCCAAGUACUCGCGGCAUUCGUGAUUUACUUGCUGACAAUGCGAGAAGUAUAUGAUUCGAGAACUGUGUGGGCGUUGGCUGGUGUGGCCAGCAGGAUAGCGCAAGGCAUGGGCCUACAUCGUGAUGGCACCACCCUUGGAACUCCUCCAUUUGAGACUGAAAUGCGUCGGCGAAUAUGGUGGCAGGUCACGACGCUGGAUUUCAGGUCGGGAGAGUUGAGCGGAUCCGGACGUUUUGGCGAUUUUGACAUGUGGGAUACGAAACCGCCAACGAAUGUCAACGAUACCGAUAUAUGGCCUGGCAUGACGGAACCCCCAGUCCCUAGCCCACGGCCUACGGACAUGGUAGCCUGUCUAAUUCGAUGCGAAUUCGGCACGUUCUGGAAAGAAAAGAUUUCGGCAAAAUCCAAAAUCACCAUGGAGAACCUGAGACUAGACGCACCUUUUAACACAACGCUGGAAGAACGCGACGCCAAUAUCAACGAGUUGGAAGGUCUUCUUGAGGAGAAGUAUUUGAAAUACUGCGACCCUUCGGUUCCUGUACAGUUCAUGUGCAUUUUGAUGGGCAGAGGCGCCGUCGCCAGCAUGAGGCUGAUGGCGCACCACCCAAGGAAAUACGCCAAUCCGGCCGACCUGCCGGAAUCCGAAAAGGAAUACCUAUGGAAGAUCAGCCUCAAGCUUCUGGAGGGAUACAACUUGGCGCAUUCGACCAAAUAUCUGCGAAAGUUCAUGUGGCACACGAGGAACUUUUUCGGGUGGCAGGCCUUGAUUUAUCUUUUGAACGAGCUACAGACAGAGACUAUCGGUGACAAAGCCGAUCACGCGUGGAGCGUCGUGGACGAGGUGUUUCAUCACCAGAAGAAUUUUGUGACUGACUACAAACGUCCCCUGCACGCCGCGGCUGGCAGUCUGUUGUUGAAGGCGUUUAAUGCCCGCGCGGCCGCGUUACGCGAGAAGACAAACGGACUCCUGCCUAAGACGAUACCUGAGUAUAUUGUCAUUUUACAGGAACAACGCAAGGCGAAUCCUCCUCCCCCGUCUGCUACCCAAUUGUCAGCAGCUGCUACCCAUCCACCAACGAUGUCUACUACUGCUUCGACGAGUAGUCCAUCGGUCUUGACGUCCCAGGGAACACCUUCUGAUCCAUGGCAAGGCGGAGGGAGUUUGACGUCAAUGUUGUAUCAACCCCAAGCACGACAGUUCGGGGCCGGCGAAAGCGGCGGUGGCGCCGGCGGCGGCAGAAAACGCCAACAAUUACCUCUACCGAAUUUCGUACCUCCUCAAGUGCCCGCCUCGAUUCAAACACAAAACAUUCGACCGGAACAGAUCAUGUACGCGUCUGAUCCGUCCCUAGCCGAGGACCUUGCACUCGCCGAUAUGCCCAUGGAUUGGGCUUCGUGGGACAUGAUGAUGCAGGAUUCUUCUACAUGGGAUCAAGCUGGUGGGCAAUAGCACGGACUUGAAGCUUUAACUUGGCACUCGUGAAUUAUAAGGAGAGAAAAAGUUAACGAAAGAAGCAAACAACAAUUACUCGCUCAAACGGACCUCACUCAAUAAAAAGUGAAGGGGGAAAAGCAAGAAAUUGAAGAUGGUUUCGUCGGCAUGUACAGAAACCGACCCCCUGUUAUGUCUACCUGCCUAUAUGUACUUUUACUUGACGAUUCAUCGAAAUCGUGGGCCUAUGAUUUAUAUAUUUAGUAUAGCUACCUCUCAAGCUACUUCCGUACUCGCAAAUACCCCAGAAAUAGCUCUACUCAAUCACAACCAACAAAGACUGGUGAAU